CUGCUGGGCGUGGGCGAAGGGUGAGCGGCGCGGCGCGGCGCGGCGCAGUGCGGGCCAGGUAACGGUGAACGGUGCGCCGCGCAGUCAGCGCGCGGAGCUCCGGCAGUGGACGGUGUGCGCGAGCAGGCGUCAUGACAGCGGUAGUGGUGCUAUGGGUGGCAGCGAUGGCCAUUGGUUGGUCGGUGGACGCACAGCCAGCCGCACCACACACGGACAGCCUGACAGGCGUGGCCGGCGAGGCGACGGUGCUGCCGUGCGGCGGCGACCCGCUGCGGGCCGACCCGGCCGCGGUCACCUGGCACCGUCGGCCGAAAGGUGGCAGCACUGUGCCGGCCGUCGGCGCCGGGUUCCAACUGAGGGGCGACGGCAGCCUGUGGCUGGCCCGACUGGAGCCCGACCACGAGGGCAGGUUCACCUGUACAGACGCCACGACAGACCGGCUGAUCGCGGUGUAUGACCUAAAGGUUCGCAAGCCCAGCGUAAUCCGGAUAGAAUCAAAUGCCGAGUCGGGCCCGCUCUCCGAGGGUGACACGUUCCGUCUCACGUGCCGCGUGCUGACCGACAGCGCCUCCCACGCCGCCACCAUGCUCGUGUGGCGCGACGACACGCUCGUGGCGCCCGACGACCCGCGCGUCACGCUCCGUACGCAGCGCACGCGUAACGUCUGGCAACUGAGCAUUGCCAACGUGACGCGUGCUGACGCCGGCAGCUACAUCUGCCGAGCCAAAACCUACUUCGACCGCGCCGAGGCCUCAGCGCAGCUGAUGGUGGCGCCGCGCGUGGCGGCCGACUGUACUAGCAGUUCGGCCGAGUUGCGCUGGAGCGCCGACGCGCCGUCACCGGGCGGGUUCAUCGUGCGUAUGACGGUGGGCGGAGCGGUGGCAGACGAGGCGCUCGUCCCGGCCGAUAUGCGCUCUGUGGACGUGUCAGACCUGGAGCCCGGCUCGCAAGUGCGCUUCGAGGUGAAACCUGCCGAGGAGGGAGCCGUCGAGGGCACGGCCUCGUGUUUCGUGCCGCCGGAAACGGCCGAGGCGCCGCCAGAGAACGACACGUAGACGACCGAGGUGGCGCCACCGCGGCGCUGGCUCAUUGUUGACCUUUGUUGCUAGAUGUAUAAGGUUGGCGAAAGGUUGCGUUGCUGUUUGUUAUUUGUUGUUGAUAAGAUGAAUUGACAAAACCCAAAUGUUGUCAGUUAUGGCAUGUGUGAAGCUAGCUGCUAGAACACUGAAGCUUAGAAAUAUGAAUAAAUGGUGGAUUUAUUUAA